CUUAUAGAUUAAGAUGAAAGUUUCAAUAUGCUCAAAAGGAGUUGUGGAAAGGAAGGCCUGCAGGAGGGAACAUCUCCGGUGUUAUUCCUACCGACACCUUCUGUGGUUCAGGAAGUCUUGGAGCCCCAAACUACUGACGGCCGGGGCCUUAUCAGUUACUACUUUGUGUUUCUUCCAUUCUUGUGCUCUUCCAUAGCCAUCUGCUCCUGGCUUCCUUCUGACAGUGCUGGGUGAGAUGGAGCUUUGGCUCAACUCUGACUAGUCUGUUCCCAUUUCCUGGGUUGCUGUUUGCUGACUACAAGCAGGAAGAAAAGGCUAAUAAAAGGUUCUCCACUCCUGGCUCCUCUGUGAGGUUCUCUUCUCACUUUCCAACAACAUUACUGUGUCCACCAGAAUGCAACGUAAUGCCAACACUUCUGAAAGCUGUUAUUUGAAACUGGGGAGAGCUGCUGAGGAAUGACUUUCAGCUUGAUUCCUUAGUCAUGGAAUUAGAAAAGAAAUGAAACAAUCAAGUUAAGUAAAACUGACAUGUUUAUAUGGUAUCUCUAACCAAACACACACUCAGUGUGUGCUUUCUUCUGCUUUAGGAAUUUCAGAAAUUCCAUUUUACAUCUUCUGAGGAACUGGAACACUUGUAAAGCAUUCAGUUUAUUGAGGCUGGAAGUAUUGCUGAGAGUGGUCAAUAAGAGUAGAAACCUUUCUCUAACUUUAUUUAAAACCCCACAAUCUAAAACCUGUCAGAGUGAAGUGAUGUGUCUGGUGUUCCCUUUUCUGCAACCUCAGCAGGCUCAGCAUCCUCUUGUGUGUGUGUGCAGAACGAUAUACGGUGAGACAAAUUCUCAUCGUGCAACAAAAACCACGUGACUUCAAACAUUUCUUCAUCUGCUGUGUUGAAACGAGCAGGGAAGGCACUGGCAUUACUGCUCCCGAGUUUCAUGGAGUGAUGUGGAUGACAUCAGGAUUGCCUUCAGUCAGAAAUCUUGAAGUGCAGCUUUGUUGGGUGGGUCUCAGAAGAAUUUGAAAGGGUUCUGGAGAUAGGGCGUGUUUACCUCGGUCAGAGUAGUGAGUGUGAUGCCUCUUCCCUGCUAAUGUGCUUAUGGUCUCUUUGCCUGCAACAUCAGAAAGCCCCUUCCAGAGCAACAACUGGAAUUUUUGAAUGAAAAUGUUUCUGGCAGCCCUGGUGUAUGGAUAGGGAUCUGGGAAGAGGCAGAGGUUUUCCACCCUAGGCUGGGCAGGCAUGGCGUACAUCCUAAAGACACUCAACAGCUGGUUCUGGUGGGAGAAUAUCUGGAUGCCCAUCAAUUGCACAUGGGCAGAUUUUGUAGACCAUGAUGGACUUGUCUUUCCCAAACCACAUCAGUUAUAUGCCACAAUCCCAUAUGCUUUUGUAUUGCUGAUCAUCCGAUUCUUCAGUGAAAGAUAUGUUGCUAUACCUCUAGCAAAAGCCUUGGGUAUAAAGAAUGUAAGACGUGUGAAGCCACAGCCUAAUCCUGUGUUAGAGAGUUAUUUCCGAGAGUGCUCAAGACAUCCAUCCCAAUCAGAGAUCCAAGGCCUUGCCAAAAAGUGCAACUGCACCGUCCAUUUGGUGGAGAAAUGGUUCAGGAGACGGCGAAACCUUGAGAUCCCAACAGUGCUCCGGAAAUUCCAGGAAGCUUUCUGGCGAUUUUCAUUUUAUCUGACAUCCUCCAUUGUUGGAUUUCUAUUUCUGUAUGAUAAACCCUGGUUUUACGACAUAUGGCAGACGUGGGUUGGUUAUCCUUUUCAGACCCUGCUGCCAUCCCAGUACUGGUACUACAUGGCCGAGAUCGGGUUUUACUGGUCUCUCUUAUUCACCCUUGGGAUUGACAACAAACGGAAGGAUUUUAUGGCUCAUGUCGUUCAUCACCUGGCAGCCAUCGGUUUGAUGAGUGGCUCUUGGUGUGGCAAUUAUGUGCGGCUUGGAACUCUGGUGAUCUUUGUGCACGACACUGCGGAUUUCUGGCUCGAGGCAGCCAAAAUGUUUAAUUAUGCUCGCUGGGAGAAAACCUGCAACAUGCUGUUUAUCAUCUUUUCUAUCGCAUUCUUCAUCACCAGAAUAAUCCUGUUCCCCUUCUGGAUUCUUCGUGCUACACUGUAUCAGCCUACCUACUACUCCACAACUCCUGUCAUAGCGUAUUUUUUAUUCAAUGGGAUGCUAUUGAUCCUCCAAGGCUUGCAUUUAUAUUGGGGUUACUUAAUUUUCAAGAUUUUGAAAAGGUUCGUUUUCCUAAAGGACUUGAAAGAUGAUAGGAGCGAUGAAGAAGAGGAAGAUUCUCUUACAGAUACUGAAGAGGAGUCCACAAAGAAUGGCAACAAGAACAGUAGUGGGUCAAGCAAACACCUCCUAAGCAGCAGUCACCACUAGCCCUGUCCUGCCUCACCUCCUGCAGUGAUUCCUGCUCUGGUUUUAUCCCAACCUACAGGAUAGGAUUUAAGUCAAAAGGCUUGUGAGAGACUGUGAUUGAUUCAUUGUUGGCUACUGGACCUGGAAAAAAGCCCAGUUUAGAGGAGAGGGAGAAAUUGCAUAACAUGACAAAAUGUGUUAAUGACCCACUUUCGGAAUCGUUGCAGAGUGUGUGGAAAGAUGUUUGGACACGCUGACUGACAGUGCUCCACAAGGGCAAAGCUCAAGAGAGUCAAGUAAUUUAGUGUCCCAUUGAUUCUAGUGUUGGUUUUCAAUCUGAUUUAAGAUAUAUUUCAUCAAACAGUUUAAAUCACAGACAUUUUAUGGUAGGUAGGUAGUGUGAACUCCAUUAGGGACCAGAAUUACUCAAUGUGGGAAAAAUUUGACAGUGCUGUACAGUGACUGGCAUUUUAGUCUUUACUUUUCAGUUUAAACCCUCAUCAAAAUGGGUAUUUUUCUGAGUUAUAUUUCAUUUCCUCUGGAGGCCAGAGGAAGCAAACAUGGAAGAAUUCAAAUUAUUUGUCUGUGAAGUGUUGGCUUCAAUGCAGAAAUACUGUCUUUCUCUGAAGUGAUAGAUAGCUGAAAUACUGUGUCAAGGAAGUCUUUGCUGUUAAAACAGCAAAACUCAGCCCCAGUUCUCCAUUGAGCUCCAGGCUUCUUAGAUGUCUUUCAGUCAUUUUGGCCCAGUGUUAGAACAGAAGGCACAGAGGGGAGAGAAGAGGGCAAAUGGAAAUUGGGUCUUUUCACAGGUUCUUGUGCACUUUUUUGUCUUCAAAACUGCCAAACACCUCCUGCUCCAGGCACAUCUUCAGACCAGAAAGUUAAAAGCAAAUCUCAUCUAUUCCCUUCUCAUGAGCUUGUCUCACAACUUUGGAUACUCCCUUCUCUGGAGCGAGGCCACCCAGUUCUGCUCUGUGGUUCUGGAGUGUUUGCUGCAGGUACCCGAGCACUGGGGAGCACGGGACUGGCACAGGAUGUCACACUGUCACUGCUGUGCGUUCAUUUGAUACCAGGAUCUGUAUUUCCAUCUCUGCUCUUUUAUGAAAUCCAGGAGUCACAUCAGCUAGACCCAAACUUGGAUGUGACUUCAGCCACAUGCUGUUGUAUAUGCUGUAACCAGUGAGCAACAGCUCCUCUUACCUGAAGUGCCUCUACCCUAAACUUGCACUUCUGUUCUAACACCAGUGGGGUUGCAGCAGCAUUUUCAGUCCCGGGGCUCUCCAUGGAGAGCCCAGGCCUUGUAAACAGGGUGGUGCCAGUCCCAUUUCCCUCUGCAUUAGCUCACAAGGUCAUAAAGGAUUUGUGUCAUAAGUUUGGGAGGCAAGAGGCUCUGCAUGUGGUUCUACAGUAGCUGAGAUCAUCUGGGGACCUAAAUCCAGUAGCUUGAUAGAGGCCAGGGGACCACUCCUAGAAUAGCCUCAGUUCAGAGUGUUUGGUUCAGAACGGCUCUGUUCCCCUCUGGCUGCUCCGGCAGGAAUUGGUGACCUACGGGAAGCAUUAUAUGACUGACUUGUUUUCCCAAGAUUUCCUUGGCAAGUGGGAUGUAAUUCAGUGACUGAAACAUUGAAAGAAUGGGAAAUGUUUGGAAUCUCAGAUAUGAAAAAGAAGUGGAUUUCAUGCAGUUACAAGAAGCUGUAGGAUGGCUUUGUUACAGAGGCUUAAUUUUCUUACGGUGUCUAUAAUUUUUUACUUAUGUUUUGGACCAUUUUGGACCCAAAUGUGCAUGUUUUACCACAAAGGGAAUUACACUGAGGAAGGAGCAUGGCCUACAGCUUCUGAGAAGGAAGGGAGAUGUGUGGUGGUGGAAUGGGGCCCCUGUCUCCGUGCUUGUAGUUCAGUGGUGCCACUUGGGCUGAGUGGGCAGAACCCCCUCAGCAGCCUUUGGCCAGCAGUCCCCUUCCUGCACAGAUAAGGAGAACACCUUAAAUACUGUGGGGGGGGGGGGAGGGGGGGGGCAGAAUAUGGGAAGUAUAAGCACUGGUGGCAUCAUGUAAAGCAACUGGAGAGUUUGGCAGGGGCACAGUUCUUAUCGGGGCUCAUUUAUUGCCUGCGUGAAAAACACCUUCCUAACAAAACGUGGAAACCCGGCGUCUUGGAGGCUUUACACUCCCUUAGAGAGACAACGGUGCUUUCUUCGAGAUGUAAUGGAAUUUUGGGAGGUGGCCAGGACAUUAUCAUUUGAUUUUGGUGCCAGAAGCUUUCCUCCUAUGACUAGGAAAGGAAUUCAGGAAAGGAAACACAAAGAAUGAUGUUGUCACAGGAAUGAACCUCUGAACAACUACUGAUUUUUAAACUGGAAUUUAUAGUCUCCUUGAGGCCAAAACUUGCCUUUCCUACUCAGGACAAGUCUCCCACUGAAGCCAAUUAACUCUAUUGGAGUCUUGCCUAGGAAAAAUUUUGGAUUGCAGUUAUCCAACCUAAUUGCAAGAACUGUUGUUCUAAGCUGAUGUGAAACUGAGAUCCUAAAGGAAGAACAAAAGGUAGAUAAAUACACUCAGACAUGAAACUUUGAGGCAAAUUUUGGGUGAGUACAGAAGAAUAUGGAAGAAAAUAACAUCCUGAAGGUGAAGAUUAAGUCUGGGCACAGUAAACAACCAAAUAACAUUGCAGUGGGAGGGGUGGAAGGCAGGCAGGCCACAGAGGGCCUUUUAGAGGGAUUACUGUCAUGGGCAACCAAGGUGAUAGCCCUAAAAAUUCUGAAUGUAAAUCACUCAGUCCUGCUAAUAAAUACCCACAGCACAGAAAGAAGUGGGAAUAGGCUGUCAUAAUGUCCCCUGUUAACACCAGAUUGGUCAUUCCUGGAGUUAUGUGUGUUUAAUUUCCCCUUUUUACUGAUGGAAACUCAGAAACAAGAAGUUGAGGUCAUGGGGGCACAAUUUCUGCUAAAGAAAUUCAUGUCAUGGUGCUUCAAGAUUUUCAGUCUAUUCAAUGCAAUGCAAUGCAGAUUCAACAUUUUUAUAAUCUCGUUGUGAAGAGUCUCGAAGUGCGGGUGCAGUAUAACUGCAGGCCUGUAUGGGAGCACUGAUAGACUCUAACAUUUUAUUUUUACCAUUUCACAAAGUGUGUCCUGGUUCAAUGAGUUGACCCUGUGCAUCUGGCUUUGCUGUGUCACUUUGACCAUGCCAAAGAUAGAGCUAUAGACUGAAAAUCAAAUCUUAGUCCAUAAGACUCAGGGGAAACUCUUCUGUUCCAUUUAAUUUCUCUGGAUUUAACUCAGAUGUUCUUGUCCGUGUGUACUCUGCUUCCUCCGUACUUGUGUCAUACUUAGAUUUACCAGCCUGCUCUGGAUUGGGUUUACAGAUCUCCUUUACUCCACACAACUCAUUUUGUCAAUUCAUAUUAUUUGGUAUAAUUACCUUUUUUUUGUUCUUAAUGCCACUGACUUUGUCUGGUCAAUUGAAAUACACACUACAAAUAAAUAUUUUUUAAAAACA